AGAGCUGGACCGCUCCUGGCGGCCGCCCGCAGCCGUCUGCAUCCUCAGCUUCCCUCCUGGGUCCCAGUGAAGGUGUGGAGACAUCAUGUGACCACCUGAAACCUGCAUUAUUAGAAAGGAGAAAUAGGACAAGUUCACAACGGCCUGUAAUUACAGCUCUGGAGGGACGAGACACCUCUGGCCUUUGCAGGUACCUGUGCUCAGGUCGCAGGCAUCCUCAGGGGCAUGUCUGCAUAGCCCUUUCCCGAUAGAAAAAAAACCUGUGUGAUGUAUGGCGCUUGAGUUUGCACAAACAAGUCAGACUCCUCUGUAAAGUAAGCUCAGCUAGCUCUCAGGCCUAGGAUGGAAGAGUCGGCACCGGUGGAAAGUCAGGGUCAGCUCCCAAGCCCCCACCACGGCUCACUGAGGAGGGCAGUGGCUGCUGUCCUGGCCCUGGAUGGGGAAUCCACAUUGGGCCGCAGGAAGAAGAGGAGGAAAGACUCCCGCCCGGAAUCCAUCAUCAUCUACCGGUCAGAUAAUGAGAAGACGGAUGAGGAGCCUGAAGAAUCUGAAGGUGGAGAUCGGCCUAAAGAGGAAGAGGGGGAGGACUUCCUGGACUAUCCUGGGGAUGAUGGUGUGUGGAACAUGCCUCUGGACAGCCGCUAUGUCACACUAACCGGGACCAUCACACGAGGGAAGAAGAAGGGUCAGAUGGUGGAUAUCCAUGUCACUCUGACAGAGAAGGAGCUGCAGGAGCUGACCAAACCCAAGGAGCUGUCCAGGGAAGCAGCCCCCGAGGGAAGGAGGGCCUGCCAGGUCGGGGCGGACCAGGGGCCACACGUGGUCCUCUGGACACUGGUCUGCCUGCCUGUGGUCUUUGUGCUCUCUUUCGUUGUGUCUUUCUAUUAUGGCACCAUCACCUGGUACAACAUCUUUCUGGUGUACAAUGAAGAGAGGACCUUCUGGCAUAAGAUCUCCUGCUGUCCGUGCCUCAUUCUCUUCUACCCAGUGCUCAUCAUGACCAUGGCCUCUUCCCUGGGGCUCUAUGCCGCCGUGGCUCAGCUCUCAUGGUCCUGGGCAGCGUGGUGGCGAGCUGCCUGUGACAUGGAGAAAGGCUUCUGUGGUUGGCUCUGCAGCAAGCUGGGUCUGGAGGACUGUUCUCCCUACAGCAUUGUGGAACUGCUGGAGUCUGAUAAUAUCUCGGGCAAUCUCUCCAACAAGGACCCCAUCCAGGAGGUAGAAACCUCUACUGUCUAGACCUCUAGUGACUUCCUUCCUAGGUCCUAGUUGUCUAUAGUCAUUCAAUGGAAUCUAGUAGUUCUUUCCUUAAACUAUCUAAUGCCCUCUACAUUCCUGGGACAGCCUAGCCCACACUGGCGUAACUCAUCAUCUUCAUUAUUCCAAGAUGACGGAAAAUAGAAAAGCGACUUGUGCCAAAGCCGUGCAUCUGAAAUACAAAUGCGUCUUGACUCUUUGCCCUAUAAUGACUGUUUAUGUGCUACAUGAAGAUACAUCAUAAAUUCCUUCAGGGGCCUGAAGAUGUUAUUGGUGCCUAUGACCCAGGGGAGUGUGUGCCUAAAUGUGACAGAAAGGAUAAAGAGGCUCAGGGGUGACCAGAUCCGCCAAGAUAAUAGAUGGGGAUGGAGUGACACAUUUAGGGAGUUAGGCUAUUAAAGACUGUGCAUCACUGUAUUUAGAUAGAACUGCACAUAACUAAAGCCACAAAUAUUAGUGAGCCAAACAAGAGAGAAAUAUACUUCCUUUUUAUGCAGAUGUCAGGAGGCAGAUCAUCCCAAGACCUAUGAAGUUUUCUGGGGUUCACUGGAUGGCAGAAUGUGGCCCUUGGUGCUCCUCAGUUUUUAAAUAUUGACUACAACUCUUAACUGUCAUAGCAACAGAGAUGGAAAGGAGAGCACACUCAGCCUAUUUAAGGAGGCUUUAAAAGCCUCCCCCCUCAAUAUUUAUUAUCUCUCAUUGGCCAUACUAUAGUCACAUGACCCCACAAUCAAAGGAUGCUGGGAAAUGUAGUCUUUCAUCUGGGCAAUUAUAUUCUUAGAUGAAUACUGGGGUUAUGUGAAUUUGAGAAAAGGGGGAUAGUGGCUAUUGGGUAGUCAAGUACAAAUCGAUAUCUUAGAACAGGUAUUUAGAUACAUCCAGAAUUCCAAAUUACAAAUGCAGCUUUAUUUGUUUAUUUAUAUAAUUAUUUUGGCCCUAGUCUUAGAUGGAGAGUUUAUACAUAGAUCUGAGUUACAUAUACUAUGCAUAUGCCUUAGACAGUAGCAUCUCGUGUACUUGGCAACUUAACCUUUUGUCAAGUGGUUUCAGGGUUCUUUGGAAAGACCCAUUAGAUAGGAGCAUAUGGUCACACAGCCACAGCACAAUUCUUCCUGGAAAGGAAGGGGAACAGGGAUUAACAGUAUUUAAUCUAUAAAGAUGGAGAAGAGAGAGAGAUUGAGAGAGAGAGAGUAAAUCUUCCAAACGCUAACCCAGCAGGGAUCAGUAGCUCAAAAUUCAAACCACAGUUUGCCUGUGGUUUCACCAAACCUAGGAGCCUUAUUCAUUUGCUCAGACCUUUCUAGCAUGAAGCUUCUCUGACAGGGUUAGGAGUGAUGUAACAGAUUAAUCCAGAUGAAAAGAUUCUGGACUGGAGAAAUAACAGCUUCAUUUUUAAGAGUGUCCUGAUUUCAAAAUGCUGAGUCCCAAGAGGUCAGUGGGUUUGGGGUUUGGGUUCAUAAAAGGAGCGAUAUUAUUAUUAUUAUUAUCAUUAUUAUUAUCAUUAUUAUUAUUUUUGAUGUGUGUGUCUCAGAAAGAAGUGCUCUGAAGCACUCAACAAACCAGAGGGGUUGAUCAAGCUCCCCCAAAACCAGCCAGGGACAUUUAUUUAAUGUAUGGUGCUGAACUCCACUUUCAGAGAAUUAAAAAAAAAAUCCUGUUAUUAGUUUGAUCAAAAGGAAAAGAAAAUGUGUCCAGUAUUUUUGAGGAUAGCUGUGGUGCUUCCUGGUGCAUUUCCAGAGAUAUGAAUAAUAUAAAUGAAAAUAAAGAUAAUAAACUCUGA